CUUAGCUUUGGAGGCAGUCUUCUCACCUGGGGGCUUGACCGCUAAUUCAUUAUAAAUGUUGUUUUAAUUGCUUAGAUUUUUAGUAAAAAUGUUCGGUUUUCUUUGCAGUUUAUUAUUACACUUUUGAAUCGAUGCGAACGCCUCCACUUGGAGCCAUGUCUCAUGCAUGCAAAGUGGAAUUCUUCUAUCAUUUCAACAUAAUUUCAGGUUAUUUGGCUGUGGCUUUGAGCCAAAUUGGACAUAAAUGGAGCAUUGAAAAGUUCAAACAGAGGAUGAAUACUGGAAAAAACUGGCAAUUUGUUUCUGUUGUUCUUGGAAAUUAUCCUGCAGGAAAAAUGAUCGAAUUCAGAGGUUACCUGAGUUCGUCCCUUAUCUCUAACAGAUCAGAUGAGAAUAUUGCUAUUGACAACAUCAAUUACGUCAACUGUGAUCCUACAAAGACAUAUACUGAAUCUCUGAAUUGCACAUUUGAUAGAGACGAAUGUGACUGGUAUCCAGAUAACAACUUCUCCCCCAUCACUUGGUCUUUAGGCAAAAUACCGAGUUGGAAAAUUGGUCCAAAAGCUGAUCAUACUGGGAAAGGAGGAUAUUUCAUGUACGUAAAUGCGAAUAGAAACCUGAAAAAAGGCGACAAAGCUCACUUGGUGAGUUUGAAACAAGAACCCACUGAAAAACGUUGUUUCCGUUUCUGGUAUCACAUGUUCGGGCAAGAUGCUGGCACUUUGAGCAUCAUCAUCAGGACUGACACAGAAAACAGCACCAUCUGGAGGAAAAGUAACUCUCAAGGCUAUGCCUGGAAAUCUGGAAUGAGAACUAUUCGCAGCGAAGAUCCCUACUCAAUCGUCAUUGAAGGUGUAGUUGGCAGUUUUCCAGGACGGGUUAUAGCCAUAGAUGACAUUGAAAUAUAUGAAGAUGAAUGUCCGCAUCCAGUUGCUUGUGAUUUUGAAGCCGAUUUCUGUGAAUGGAAACCGGAAAACUGGAUUCUGCAAUCAAGUGAAAACCAUAUUCCUUCGCAAGACCACACAACGGACACAGAAGCAGGAAAGUACGCUGCAUUAAAAGAAAGCAAUGGCAGAUUGAUAAGCCCCAACUACAAUUAUACAAAGAGCGAUUAUUGCCUUGACUUCUGGUACUUCAUUAAGGGCGAUCGGGGUACGAAACUACAAAUCAUCAAAUCUCAACUUACUUCUGAAAGUGGUGAAAAGGUAGUGUGGACAGACGUAGGCGAACCAGACGUCAACGGCCAAUGGGAACAUUCCAAGGCGAGCAUUACAGGGCUGAGUAACGGAAAUUAUAGUAUCGUCAUUUUUGGAUCUAAGAAGAAUGAAAGUACAAUUGUGGCAGUAGAUGAUAUUGCUAUUGAAGACGGAGUUUGUUCGCUAUACGGUAGUUGCAAUUUUGAGAGAGAUCUUUGCACAUGGAGGAAUUUAGGAUAUCCGUACAGUCUGAGUGUAGGAUGGAGUCGUCAUUCGGGACCAAAGACUACUGGUGGCCAAGGCCCUUCAGUUGAUGUAACAACAGGCACUGUUGAAGGUUGGUAUGUUUAUGUAGACGGGCACUCUGAUCGCGUCUGGGAGAGAGCUGUUUUGGAAAGCGAAAUUCUUCAUUAUGCCCCAAAUGCCUGCUUCACAUUUUGGUACCACAUGAAUGGACUAGACUGUUUUGUAAAAAUGUCAACCAUACCUUAUUUAGGGCUGAUAGUUGUGGCUUAUUACUCUUAA